CUACCAAUAAAAAUACAAAUCAAGGAAUUUACAGUAGCAAAGCCGACACCAGGAAGAAUGCUCGUAGACUGAAAAAUGGACCUGGGAGAAGUCAUUGCAAAGGUGCUAGGGUUGACAAUUCAAAGGGCUUCCCUCCUAAUAGUUUUGAUCGGGUCCUCCUUGAUGCUCCAUGUUCCGCCCUUGGUUUAAGACCUCGACUAUUUGCUGGAGAGGAUACAAUAGAAUCUUUAAGAAACCAUGGGAAGUAUCAAAGAAGGAUGUUUGACCAAGCUGUGAAGCUAGUUCGCGCAGCUAGAAUAGUGAACAGAAUUAGGAUGGAUUUUGAACCAGAUAUUUCUCAUGCUGCUAGAUGUACAAUAAACCCUGGAGAGAAUGAAGCACUGGUUCGUUAUGCUUUGGAUAGAUACAAAUUCCUGUCCCUAGCCCCGCAGAACCCAAGAAUUGGAGGACCUGGCCUUGUUGGUCACAUUGAAUAUGUUGAUGGAAAUGUUGAAGAGUGGUUAAGACCUGGUGAGGAAGAAUUGGUUCAGAGAUUUGAUCCAUCAUCUCUACUUGAUACGAUUGGUUUCUUCAUUGCCAAGUUCAAUGUUGGCUAGAAGCCUACCUGACUUUUGCUGAAGUCAUCUGUUAUUGCAUCGUAAUAUCAUAUAUAUGAUAUGGUAGGCAUCCCUCACCUUCACACUAACUGAGAAUUUGACCAAAGAAGGCUUGGGUUGUCAGGAACCUGUUGCGGGGAAGAGUGUGGACAUGCACAUGCAGGAGCCUCGUACAUCGGUUACUGUAGAAUCAAUUUUUGCGGGGUAGGUUUCAGAAAAGCAAAUUUCCAGUAUGUCAAUUGGUUGAACUGAGAACUGAGAACUGAGAACUGAGAACUGAGAACCGAGAACUGAGAACUGAGAAGAACAAGUUUUUAGACCCAUAGUGCUAACUACAACAAUAGAGUGCCUGAUUGCAUCCUUUUUGUCCCUCAUUGAAGAUUCCUUAACAUGUUGGAUUCUUUCCCCUAUUGGUUUUCUGUAUGGGGCCCACCCAUUCUGUAAUCAAUUUAUGAUAGAUCAAUAUGUAAUGAGCAAAAUACCUCUAUGUUUUCCUGUAUUGUCAUAUUUGGCAUUGUUGUGGGUUUUAGGAAUUCUACUUGCAUUCAAUGUUGCAUACGUUUUACUGCCUUUUUACAUGCACCAA